AUGUCUUGCCGUUCCUAUAGAGUCAGCUCUGGUCGCCGGGUGGGCAACUUCAGCUCCUGCUCAGCAAUGACAUCCCAGAAUCUCAACCGCUUCCGAGCCAGCUCUGUGUCCUGCAGGAGUGGGCCUGGAUUCUGCAGCCAGGGGGGCUUUGGUAGUCGGAGCGUAACCACCUUUGGAUCAUACUCACCCCGAAUAGCAGCUGUAGGCCCUCGUCCCAUCCGCUGUGGAAUUGGUUUCGGUGUUGGCAGUGGUUUUGGUUUUGGUGCCGGCAGUGGUGUUGGUCUGGGGUGUGGAGCUGGGAGUGGCCUUGGCUAUGGCUUCGGUGGUCCUGGUUUUGGCUACCGAGCUGGAGGAGUUGGACUCCCGACAGCUCCCUCUAUCACUGCUGUGACUGUUAACCAGAGUCUGCUGACCCCUCUCAACCUGGAGAUCGACCCCAAUGCCCAGAGGGUGAAGAAGGAUGAGAAGGAGCAAAUCAAGACCCUCAAUAACAAGUUUGCUUCCUUCAUUGACAAGGUUCGGUUCCUGGAGCAACAGAAUAAGUUGCUAGAGACCAAGUGGAGCUUCCUCCAAGAGCAGAAACACACCAGGAGCAACCUGGAGCCCCUCUUUGAGAACUACAUCAGCAACCUACGGAGACAGUUGGACACAGCUGCCAGUGACCGGGCCCGGUUAGAGGCAGAGAGGAACCAUAUGCAGGAUGUCCUUGAAGGCUUCAAGAAGAAGUAUGAAGAGGAGGUGAGCUUCCGGGCCAAUGCUGAGAAUGAAUUUGUGGCUCUGAAGAAGGAUGUGGAUUCAGCUUUCUUGAAUAAGUCUGACCUAGAAACCAAUGUGGAUAUUCUUCGUAACGAGAUUGAAUUCCUGAGAACCCUGUACAUGGAGGAGAUCCAGUUGCUACAAUCACACAUCUCAGAGACAUCAGUCAUCGUGAAGAUGGACAACAGCCGGGAUCUGGACCUCAAUGGGAUCAUUGCUGAUAUCAAGACCCAGUAUGAGGAGAUCGCCAGACGCAGUCGGGCAGAUGCUGAGGCCUGGUACCAGACCAAGUAUGAAGAGAUGCGGAUGACCGCUGGGCAGCACUCUGAUAACCUGCGUAACACACGGAAUGAGAUCAACGAGCUGACCCGCCUGAUCCAGAGGCUGAAGGCAGAGAUUGAACACGCCAAGGCUCAGCGUGCCAAGCUGGAGGCUGCAGUGGCUGAGGCAGAGCAGCAGGGUGAGGCUGCCCUCAACGAUGCCAAGUGCAAGCUGGCCGAUCUGGAGGCUGCUCUACAGCAGGCCAAGCAGGACAUGGCACGGCAGCUGCGAGAGUACCAGGAGCUGAUGAACGUCAAGCUAGCCCUGGACAUCGAGAUUGCCACCUACAAACAGCUGCUGGAGGGCGAGGAGAGCCGGAUCUGUGAAGGUGUUGGACCAGUGAAUAUAUCUGUGAGCAGCUCCCGAGGUGGUGUGGUGUGUGGCCCUGAGCCCUUCGUCACCAGCUCCGUGGUCUCCCGCGGCGGGGUCGGCUUCUCCAGUGGCAGCAGCAGCCUCCGCACCAUGGGCGGGGUCCUGACUUCGAGCGGCACCUGCGGCUCCAGCUUUGGCGGGUCCCGGGUCUUCACGACUGGAGGGGAUCUGAUGUGUGCCGGCAGCAGAGUGGGUUCUAUGUACCUGGGUGAGGCCUGUGCCCCCAGUGUUCCCUGUCCCCUGCCCACCGAGGGGGGCUUCAGCAGCUGCAGCGGUGGCCGUGCAAGCCGUGGCUCCAGCGUCCGCUUCGUCUCCACCACCACCUCUCGUCGGACCAAGUACUGA